CUAACGUCUAACGUCACUGUGCCGGUCACCUAAACUAAAGAGCAUAGAGCAGUCAGUCAUAUAAAGCCCUGUGAGGUAUACGUGUUGCAGCGCCAUUAUUUUUUAAUUUACCUUACUUAUAUUAUCUGUAUAGUGUAUUCUGUUUACAACUUUUGUUUUGUUUUCUUUUUGUAUCGCAAUGGGCAAGGUAGCGACAGCAGAUGCUCUUCGAUUUAUGACAGAUUGCUUAAAAUCCGUCGGAGCUGCGGCUAAAGCAGCACAACAGCAGGCUGAGCUGCUGAUCGAGGCGGACAGGGUGGGACAUCCGAGCCAUGGACUUAAUAGAUUAGAAUUUUACGUGAACGAUAUCAUAUCCGGAGCAUGUAAACCAAACAAUCAGCCAAAGAUUUUGAAAGAAAGUGCGUCGACAGCCUGGGUGGACGCUAACAAUGUGCUCGGCGCUACCGUCAGCCACUUCGCGAUGGAUAUUGCUAUAAACAAGGCUAAACAAACCGGCGUUGGAUGGGUGACCGUAAAAGGUUCAAAUCACAACGGCAUGGCAGGCUACUGGUCGAAAAAAGCCGCGGAUCAGGGUCUUAUGGGCAUGGCGUUCACAAACACGUCGCCGUUACUCGCUCCUACGAGAAGUAAAAAGUCAGCAUUAGGAACAAAUCCUCUAUCAGUAGCCGCUCCAGGAUCAGACAAAGAAACGUUUUACUUGGACAUGGCGACAACGGCUGUUGCUGUUGGGAAGAUAGAAAUGCAAAUGCGGAAAGGCGAAACUUUACCAAAAGGUUGGGCCCAAGAUCCUGACGGUAAAGAGACACAGGACGCAGAGCUGGCUUUCAAGACGGGCUGUUUAAUGCCACUUGGCGGAGGCGAAGACACAUCUGGGUACAAGGGAUUUGGACUUGCUGCUAUGGUAGAACUUUUUUGUGGAAUAUCAUCAGGUUCAAACUACGGACACAAGAUUCGCUCGUGGUCUCAUAGCGGGGACGGUGGUCCAGCAAACUUAGGCCAUUGUUUCAUAGCUGUGGAUCCCGAAAACUUCGCUCCAGGUUUCGGUGACAGAUUAACAGAAUGCAUGCGACAUUGGAGAGAAUUAGAACCGGCAGAUAAAAGUCUCCCAGUGUUAGCACCAGGCGACAAGGAGAAAAAAGCAUCACAGCUUACAGAUUCAAGAGGAACUGUUUCCUAUGUAAAGCAACAGUUGGACUCAAGUGCGGCUCUCGCUAAGAAACUGUCAGUUAAGCCCAUGGAAGUUGUAGAGUGAUUAACGCAAAUACAACGGUUGAAGAAUUCACAAUAUGUGAAAUAAAAUAAUAUAUUUUAGGAAUGGAAGAUUAACUAAUUAUAUAUUGUAUUUUUACGCUCUUAUGUAUUAUAAAAUAAAGUCUAUUUUAGUUUG